AUUCUCUACUCAACAGCCAACGAUUGUGGAAACGUCCAAAUCGAUCUUUUGGUAGAAAAGUGUCGAUUCGUCGGUCGAUCAAUGUCAUUCUUAAUUUUAUAUCCAGCAGUUGCUGUGCAUUACGCGCUUUUAUUUCAAUUUUGCACACGAUUUGAUUAAUCAGCUCGCUAGUUAGGCUCAUAAAACGUUUCGAAAUGCAUUUUUUGCCAUAUACGCUUCUCAUUUCAGUCAUUGCUGCGGUGAACAAUGUAAUAGCAGAAUUUUCUGCAGACGAUUGCAAGAUGUUGGGAUUUAACAAAGCCAACCUACUUUGCUCGACCUGUGAACAUUUUACCGAUCCUAAUCUAACAAAAAUACUUGCUACAUGCAAGGAAUGUUGUUUGAAAGAUAACGAUUACGACUUGUCCGGAUCGAAACGCUAUCCUAAGGCUGUCCUUGAGGUGUGCACGUGCAAGUUUGGUGCAUAUCCACAGAUACAAGCUUUCAUCAAAAGUGACAGACCAAAGAAAUAUAAGAACCUUAGUAUAAAGUAUGUGAGAGGUUUAGAUCCGAUCAUUAAAUUGUAUGAUGCAGAAAAUAGAGUUGAAGAUAUACUGGAUAUACACAAGUGGGACACAGACUCUGUAGAUGAAUUUCUGUCAACACAUCUCUCUAAGGAUUAGUAAAGAUAGGAAAUAUACUCUAUUGAUACAUAAAUUUUUCUAUCGAAUUAUUAAUAUAUGAAUAUAUGUAUCUCUAUAUCUAUAUAGAUAUCCCGCAAGUCACAGUAUAUUCAUCUGGAUAACUUAUUAUCAUUUUAUCAUACACAUCACAUUGAACCUAAACAUACAAUAUCAUGUUUAAGGUUUCUCAGAGGCUUCUGCUUAGUAAUUUAUUUGCACGCUAUGAAAUAGAAUACAAAAAGAUCCUUCUCCGAGGGAAAUAUCUUAUUUCUAAAUGAUAAUAAUACAAUUCAAUUGAAUCUUUUGCCUGCAUACAAAAGUCCUCCAUUCAUUAUAUUGUUAAAAUUAUCACACGAGAUUAUAUUGAAGUAAAUUAUAAAACUGGAAAUGUAUGACAUCAUGUAUUUUUUUUUAUAAGCAUCGCCAGUUUCGUACGUACUUCAAUAUGCGUGAAAUUGGUGAACCAAUGCGAAAUGAUACACAUGUACAGUUUGAAAGAUUCGAAUAUUUGUGGUUUUCUUUCUGUAAUUAUGGAGGAAGCUCUCCCAAUGAGCUCGCGAAUGUAUAAAGUGAUUUUUCUCUAAUCUUUUCUAACAUAUCAAAGAAUGAUAUAUCCAUAAGAAUAUUCGUAUCACUAUGUAAAGAAUAAAGUGACGGUCAUCUAAAUCUAACGUCACAUACACAACAGACAUAAUACCCUUAAAGCCCGUAUCAGAUUGGAUUGGGGAUUGAGAUUGAAUUGAAUUUGGCCAAUGGCAAAGUUAACUGAAUUCAAGUUUAGUAAUUUAGUGAAUUUUGUACUGAUUGAUCAAAUUUCAGUUCAAUCUCAAUCUCCAAUCCGUAGUCUGACACGGGCUUAAUAUGUACUAUAGGCAUAGGGUUACCAGAAUUUUUCAAUCACACGUAAGGGUUUUUAAGUUUUUCGUUUUCUGGUUAACUUGUGGUUUAAGCUUAACAUGAUAAUAACGUAAAAAUGAUGUAUAAUGUUUUUCUACUAAUGAUUAAUCGUUAAAUUUUAAAAGUAUAUGUAAUUACCAUUGCAAACACAUUGAUUUAAUGAUUAACCAUAAAUAGAAAAACAAUUUUUCUUAUUUAUCAUUAUCAUCAGUUUAAGUCUAAAUUAUAAGUUAAUCAUAAAAUGGAAAACUGGGCCUAUAUGUAUCUCUCAAUAUAUUUAUAUAAUAUAUAAAUAUAAAUCAUAUAUAUAUAUAUAUAUAUGUGUGUACUACGUAUUUAUAUUUGUAAUAUUUAAUCAUCGUUCUAAAUAACUGAAAUAUCGUCAUCGUUCUUUUGAAAAAGCAACAGUUAUGAGAUACACAAAUAUGUCGGCAUAAUGCGCGAGUGACUAAAAAAUCCUAGUGACUAUUAGGCACUUGGUUUCAAUAUUUUUUUCUCAAUGUAGUUUGGAACGUCACCAAUGAGAGAACUCAAUUUCUGGUAAUUAGUGAGGAAAGGAGUUCUAUUGGACAUCGAUUGGGUUCUGAACUGCGUUGAAAAAAAAGUGCUGAAAUCAUAUUGAAUCCAAAUACAUCUUGCUGGAUGUUAGGGCUAUUAUGUCGGUUGUAUACGACGCAUUAGAUCUUUGUAUAAUUAGAUUCGUACUUAAAUUUCGAUCACGAUCAAUAUACUCGCUUACACAUACGUGAUAUAUCCUGAUCCUGCCUUUUAGUACCAUAUACGCAACUGUGCACGCGCGAUCUUUACAAAUACAUCUACAAUUGCACACACAGUACUUGAGUAUCUCUCCACGUAAAUUAGCGCCGUAUACAUGUCAAUAAUAAUCAUUAAUCCGUUGCCUUAUAAUAUUUUUCCCGAGUGCGUGCUAAAAAAAAAUGAUACAGUUUCACAAUAUAUAAGUGUAUGCGAAUGAAUAUGUCGGAACGCAAUUGUUUUGAACUGAUGCCGCCAGUUCGGGAAUAGAAAACAAACCUUUUUUCGAUAAUUGCCGAGAUGAAACAAAAUAAAACAAACAUUCAUGUCAGUGUGAAUAUAUUGUAUACAAUAAAUGUGUUUUAUUUAGCUUAUGAUCCGAAACACAGGUCUUUGUCGUUAUAAGGAAACGAAUUAAAAUAUGAGACAUGUAACGA